CUCCAGGUCCGGCCGGGAGCAGGGGGGCGGGUGUGAGACGGAAGUGGGCGGGAGCCACGGGACAAGUCGCCGGAGUCGCCGGCAGCUGCGGGGCGCUGGCUGGUGGGACCCUGCGCGGGCCUGGACGGGAUGAGCCAUGGCAUCGGUCAAGGUGGCCGUGAGGGUCCGGCCCUUGAAUCGCAGGGAAAAGGACUUGGAGGCCAAGUUCAUUAUUCAAAUGGAGAAAAGCAAGACAACAAUCACAAACUUAAAGAUACCAGAAGGAGGGACUGGGGACUCAGGAAGAGAACGGACGAAGACCUUCACGUAUGACUUUUCUUUUUAUUCUGCGGAUACGAAAAGUCCAGAUUACGUUUCACAAGAAAUGGUUUUCCAAACCCUGGGCACAGACGUUGUGAAAUCUGCAUUUGAAGGUUACAAUGCGUGUGUCUUUGCAUACGGGCAAACUGGAUCCGGGAAGUCCUACACCAUGAUGGGGAGCUCGGGGGACUCUGGCUUGAUACCUCGCAUCUGUGAAGGGCUCUUCAGUCGCAUAAAUGAAACCACCAGAUGGGAUGAGGCAUCCUUCCGAACAGAAGUCAGCUAUUUAGAAAUUUACAAUGAACGGGUGAGAGAUCUGCUUAGGAGGAAGUCGUCCAAGACCUUCAAUUUAAGAGUCCGUGAGCAUCCCAAAGAAGGACCUUACGUAGAAGAUUUAUCCAAACAUUUGGUACAGAAUUACAGUGAUGUGGAAGAACUUAUGGAUGCAGGAAAUAUCAAUCGGACCACGGCUGCAACUGGCAUGAAUGACGUCAGCAGCAGGUCUCAUGCCAUCUUCACCAUCAAGUUCACUCAGGCAAAAUUUGAUUCUGAAAUGCCGUGUGAAACCGUGAGCAAGAUCCACUUAGUCGAUCUUGCUGGAAGUGAGCGCGCGGAUGCCACCGGUGCCACCGGGGUUAGGCUGAAGGAAGGGGGCAACAUUAACAAGUCCCUGGUGACCCUGGGAAACGUCAUUUCUGCCUUAGCUGAUUUAUCUCAGGAUGCAGCAAACCCUCUUGUAAAGAAGAAGCAGGUUUUUGUGCCUUACAGGGAUUCUGUUUUGACUUGGUUGUUAAAAGAUAGCCUUGGAGGAAACUCUAAAACCAUCAUGAUUGCCACCAUUUCACCUGCUGAUGUCAAUUACGGAGAAACCCUAAGUACUCUUCGCUAUGCAAAUAGAGCCAAAAACAUCAUCAACAAGCCUACCAUUAAUGAGGACGCCAACGUCAAGCUCAUCCGUGAACUGAGAGCUGAAAUAGCCAGGCUGAAGAUGCUGCUUGCACAAGGGAAUCAGAUUGCCCUCUUGGACUCCCCCACAGCUUUAAGUAUGGAAGAAAAACUUCAGCAGAAUGAAGCCAGAGUCCAAGAGUUGACCAAGGAAUGGACAAACAAGUGGAAUGAAACCCAGAAUAUUUUGAAAGAACAAACCCUCGCCCUUAGGAAAGAAGGGAUUGGAGUGGUUCUGGAUUCUGAACUCCCACAUUUGAUUGGCAUUGAUGAUGACCUUCUGAGUACUGGAAUCAUCUUAUAUCACUUGAAGGAAGGUCAGACGUAUGUUGGUAGAGAAGAUGCUGCAACAGAGCAAGAUAUUGUUCUUCAUGGCCUUGACUUGGAGAGUGAGCACUGCAUCUUUGAGAAUGUUGGAGGCACUGUGACUCUGAUCCCCCUGAGUGGGUCUCAGUGCUCCGUAAAUGGUGUUCAGAUCAUGGAGGCCACACACCUAAACCAAGGUGCCGUGAUACUCUUGGGCAGAACCAAUAUGUUUCGGUUUAACCAUCCAAAGGAAGCUGCCAAGCUCAGGGAAAAAAGGAAGAGUGGCCUUCUGUCCUCCUUCAGCUUGUCCAUGACUGACCUCUCCAAGUCCUGCGAGAACCUGUCUGCGGUCAUGUUGUAUAACCCCGGUCUUUUCCCUAUAAAAGGACCCAUCUGUCUAAGACUUGAAUUUGAGAGGCAACAACGUGAGGAGCUUGAGAAAUUGGAAAGUAAAAGGAAACUCAUACAAGAAAUGGAAGAGAAGCAGAAAUCGGACAAGGCUGAGCUGGAGCGGAUGCAGCAGGAGGUGGAGACCCAGCGCAAGGAGACAGAAAUCGUGCAGCGGCAGAUUCGCAAGCAGGAGGAGAGCCUCAAACGCCGCAGCUUCCACAUCGAGAACAAGCUGAAGGACUUGCUCGCCGAGAAGGAAAAGUUUGAGGAGGAGAGGCUCCGGGAGCAGCAGGAGAUCGAGCUGCAGAAGAAGAAGCAGGAAGAAGAGAGCUUUCUUCGCGUCAGGGAGGAGCUGCAGCGGCUCCGCGCGCUCAACCACAGCGACAAGGCUGAGAAGCUUCAGAUAUUUCAAGAGCUGGACCAGCUGCAGAGGGCCAAAGAUGAGCAGUGCGCCAAGCUGGCAUUGGAAAAGAGGAGGCUGGAGGAGCAGGAACGGGAGCAGACCUUGCUCGUGGCCCACCUCGAAGAGCAGCUGCGAGAGAAGCAGGAGAUGACCCAGCUGCUGCGGUGCGGGGAGGUGCAGCGGGUGGAGGAGGACAGGAGAGACCUGGAAGGCAUCCGGGAGGCCCUCCUGCACGUGAGGGAGGCCCGGGCCGGAGGGGAGGUCGACCGCGAGGAGUUGGAGAGGGCCCAGCUACAGUUCUUAGACUUCAAGCGAAGGCAGCUCGUCAGGCUGGCGAACUUGGAGAAAGACCUGGUUCAGCAGAAAGACCUCCUGGAAAAAGAAGUUGAACAGGAACAGGAAACCCUGGGGCAUUUCAGACGUGAAAAUGAAGAAGAAGCCAGGUUGUUGGCUAGAAGUGACGAGAGUGUCGCCAAUGUCGCCCAUGUGACCCAAGAUGCAGAGAAAAUGAAGCCAGUGGAGAGCAGGCUGCAAUAUAAAGAACGCCAGCUCCAGAACCUCCUGCAAAAUCAGCUGCCAGCGCUACUGGACGAAAAGCAGAGAGUGGUGGAGAUCCUCGACAGAGGCGCGCUCGGCCUGGACAACACUCUUUAUCAAGUCGAAAAAGAGAUGGAAGAAAAAGAAGAGCAGCUCGCCCAGUACCAAGCCAGCGCAAGCCAGCUGCAGAGGCUGCAAGCCACCUUUGAGUUCACGGCCAAUGUCGCCCGUCAGGAGGAGAAAGUGAGGAGAAAGGAGAAGGAGAUUCUUGAGUCCCGGGAGAAGCAGCAGAGAGAGGCGCUGGAGCGGGCCGUGGCCCAGCUGGAGAGGAGGCACUCGGCCCUGCAGAGGCGCUCCACCCUGGGUGUGGACAUCCAAGAGCAGAGGCAGAAACUGGCCGCUCUGCACGGCAGCACUGAGCAGUCAGGGCUCCAUAGCAGCCUGCAAGCCGAGCACGAGGCCCUAGAGAGGGACCAGGAGAGGUUAGAACACGAAAUCCAGGCGCUGAAGGAAAAGAUUUGUGAGGGCGAUGGUACUCAAAGAGGUCCUCUUGGGAGGCUGGAGGGAAAGGCUGCUUCUGCCAGCUUGCCGUCCAGUGCUGAGAAACUGCACCUGGUACCCCUGAUGGAUGCCAGGAUCAGUGCUUAUAUUGAAGAAGAAGUUCAGAGGCGUCUUCAGGAUCUGCACCGUGGGCUAGGUGAUGACAGCAGUGCCUCUGCAGAUAUGAGGAAGAAUAAUGAGAAACUUCACAAUGGCACCAUUCAACGUAAGCUAAAAUAUGAGAAAAAGCAGUCUCGGCUGGCACGGUGUUUCGGCCCACUUCUGUCUAGAGACGCCACUGAUACCUCCCACGUCCUUAGAGAAGCGAGGCAGGAGGUGGACCCGGACCACUACUGGAGUUGUCCUGUGAACCAGAGCAUCUCAGACCCUAAAACUUCCUCCUCAGCAUCACAAAAGACAGCCUGGCAGUCCAGAGAUCGGCCCCCUGUUCCUGGGGUGCCACAGCACCGGGCUUGCAAAUAUCACCCUCCUGAGCCUGCUGGCCACUGUGAACACAAGUGUUUUCAUGGGUCUCCACUCUCUAUUCUUGACGAAAGCAACACCAGUGAUGCUGCAGAUGUUCAAGGUAAGGCAGCCAAUUCCAGCCAAGUGCUAUCUGAUACAGAUGAACACAGCUCGGGAGCUGGGUCCACCUGGACUUUGCUGCACCAUACGUCCCAGGAGGUGUCUCUGAAUGGUGGAAGCAAGCAGGCCCGACAGAGCAAAGUGUUGUGCUUUGUUCUCGCGGAGAGCGUUUCUCAAGAGGAGGUCGCAUCCGCCGAUGCUCCUUGGCGUGCACCGGCCUCCAGCUUUUGUAGUGAGCAGCAGGAUGAGAAAGAGUUGGCUGCUAAAAAGAUCAGCUCUCCUGAGUCACUGCUAAGUAUCAGGACGGAAGGAAACUAUGGACUGGGAUACUUUUACCACAAGUUCUCAGAUCUUUAUAAAGAUACCAGCCAUCAGCUGCUACAGGCUGGCACAAGGGUGGUGGACCAGGCCAGGCACGUGGGCAGCCUGUGUGACCCGAGUGGACUCACUUCCCACAUGACUACGUUCAUCAGGAACCUGCCGAUCCUGAAGCACUUACCCCUGGAUGUGCCCUUUAAGUCCCACGUGGCAGCAUCGGAAUCUGAUUCCUUCCCUGAAGCUCAGGUUGGCAGCAGCCACCAGGAAGAGGCUGGCAGCACGAGGCAGGUGGAGACCGGUGUGCCGUGCCCAGUGUUUGUAGCAUCGGGAUCGCCAGGGGGCUCACCAAGCUCGGUUUUCCGCCUCGAACAUGGAGGUGCUAGGAAGGGUUCUGCCCUGAAGCAGACGCUUGUGCAAUUCCCUGACCAAAUGCUGCACCUUCAAGAGCGCCCUCUAACAGACUUUCUCGAACACGUGUCUUGUUCGCUACCCUUGGGCGACGUGAGCGAAGUCGAAGGUGUUUACUGGCUUGCUGUUGCUAACUGCACAGAGCCGGACCCCCAACCAGCAUGCCUGCUCCUACUGCGGUCAGCCCUGAUGGCUCUGGUUCUGUCAGACAGUCACCCAGGCUCAAUGACCCUUUUUCACACUCUUCCUUUCCCCGGAUUACGGGAGAUUCAAGUCGGCUUCGGUGGACAGAGUGUCCGGUUCCUAGGCUCCACAGCAGAUCUCCUGCUCACGGUGUUCAGUUACAACAAAAACCUCUCGCAACAGCUGUGCCGUGACCUCCUCCGUGUCCUAACGCCAGAGUCUGAAGCCGCUGCCUGCGCCAAUCACCCUUUGCUCCAGCGAGAUCUGGUUCAGCUCUCCCUUGAUUGGAAAGCAGAAAUCCCUGAUUUAGUUUUGGCAAACGGAGUAGGGUUGUCGUCCAGAUUCCAGACUGCCAUGGUUGACAUGAUUUACUUUCUUCACGGAAAUAUGGAAGGCAGCGUCCCCUCCCUGGCGGAGCUGCAGUUACUGCUCUACACGACCGUCCGGGUGGAGGGGCAGCCCGGCCCCGGCUGCAGCUCGCUGCUCCUCCUCAACAGCCACAUCGCGCUCAUGCGCGCCGAUGGCGUCUUCCACCUGCACACCCCAUCGCUAGGCACGCCUCCCUCCCGCACACAGUUUGACGUGAUCAGAUGCCGUGCUCUGAGUGAGUUCCGGUGCGCUGUGGUACCGGAGAAGAAAACUGUCUCCACAGUAGAACUUAUCUUCUCACAAAGACACAGGCUUGCAUCAGAUUCAAAAAAGAGUCCAGAGGCCCCGCACGUUCCGCUGGAGCCUCGGGGUAGUCAGGCUGGGGCCCCUGAGGUCUGGAAACUGACGUUCAAUUCUGAAGAUGAGGCUCUGUGGCUAAUCUCCCAUUUGACAAGAUCCUAGGGAGGAGACUUUUAAAGAUGUGCUACCUAUUUUUUUGAGAAUUCUAAUAAAAAACGUGAAGACAGUCAAGGAAAUAGGAAUUUAUCAGUUUGAUUAAUUAAAUUGGAACUAGAAAAUUGCAGACUUCUAAAAUUGAUAAUGUAAAUAUUUUAAAUACAGUAAAAAAUAGUAGCUGGUAGCAGAGAACUGAUAAGAUAUAUUUAUCACCACCUUGCUUUGUUUUCUUGAAACCCGGGCUUCUAACUUUGGAUCAGACACAGUAUUUGGGAGGUGAUUAAAGCAUUUCUGAUUGCUUGGCUUCCUUUAUGUCGAUUUAGUGUAGUGAUUUGGAAUCCAUCUGUGCCUGCUAGAUGCUGGCAGACUCGUAUGUGCCACCUGAAAAAGCGCCUAGCCUGGCGGUGACCUGCGUUGACAUCCUCUGUCGUAGUUGUGAUUAGGACCGCUGUGUGGCAGAGCACAUCAGUGCUGUGCUGAGCUUCGGAGAAGGACCCAGGGAUUCCACGUGGCCUCGCGCUUCUGUAAUGCUCGGACUCCAGAGAGCGGUGUGUGCCCUGCAGUGGUUUCUUCUUCAGCUAAUUGCCUCUUCCUUCCUCCUCUGCUAUUUCCUCCCUGCUCCCUUCCAACCUAUAAGAUUUAGUGACUUACUCCCCGAUUUGACUUCCCCCACACUCCAACCUCUGGAUGAGGUGUUCUGCCGACCUCCAGUCGGGGUGAGUUCCCGCCCACGUUUCCCUGGCCUAGAUCUCCUCUCUCCAUCUGGUAGUCGGUUGCCUGCCUCCUUUGUAAGACCCUUCUCAGCGUGUGGACUUCCUCUGUCCACUCCUGCUAACUGCAUCGUGAGUAAUAAGGUCACAACUGCUGAGUGUACUUCCUGUUGUGUCUGACCCUGGUUGUUCUGCCACUGUUCCCUUGUGUCUCGAGUGCGUGUUCUACCAAAUUCCAAAGUUUCAGAAGGAGGCUCCUGUUUCGCUCUCAACUGGGGUCAUGCUUCCCCCACCCCACCCCCGGUAGCCACUCACACAACCUUGUAUGUAAUUGAGUGAAUCAAGGAUUCUGGUAACCUGCUCGUCAUAGCCCUGGCAUGGAGGGGCCAUUUUUCCUUCAGUCCAAAUCUUGGAAUCACGUUCAAUAAAUUGUUACAGCCUCUUCUUCACUUCUGUUCCUAAUUGAUGACAGGGAUGGUGUCAAAACUUAACCGCCCAGAAACUUAUCACCUCCUUUUGGCCAGGAAGCACACAUCUUCCCUCUCUUCCUUAUCAAAAGUGACUUAGCUGUUUCUAUGUUUACUUAUUUUUAUCUACCCAGUUUCUGUGGAACGAACAGAAAAAGGUAGGAAAUUGGAGAAUGUGUCACAGUGGACAAACUGGUGGCUACAGCCUUGUUUGCUUCGGACCAGUGCAGGUAUUUUGUUUAGUUCUUUGAGGCAAUUUAAUUCUUUCAUGUUAUUAUGAGCCGAAUAACUUCCAAAGUGCUCCCCACCCCAUACCUACACACCUUACUGCCUUAUAACUGAAGGCCUUUGUGUGAGAAGGACAUCAUUCAAAUCAGCUUGUCAUCCCCUAUCUUGGCUGGUAGGUCAUCUUGUAUCAUGGAAAAAUUCCCAGAAUCUACUAUGACAGUCAUAGGAAAGCUUAUCCAUAAUAUUUUUCCUAUUUUAACUGUUUGCUACUUUUUUCUCAGUUGAUGUAAUUGUGUAUUGGUUUUUCUAAAUUGUCCCACUUGGUGUGUUAUCUUUGUAUCUUUGAUCAUGAAGAGCAGAGGGAGUAGAAUUUAAGAUACCUGCAUGGGUUGCCAAGGUCAGGAAGAGGCAGCAAAUUUUAAUAGCUCAGGAUUGUAGCAGAGAGUGUGAAAUGCUGAACAGAUAGACCUGCUUGUCCUCACAGGUACUGAAGCAUGGUAUCAAUCACGGUCUUUAGUGUUUUUCCCAGGUGGAGCAUGCAGCAAAUAGCAGCAUUGCAUAAAAUCAUAGUAUUCAGUUUAACAUCUUCAGUGCCUUAUGACACAAGGAGGCUGCAAUCUGGAUUGCAUUCAGAUCUCACCGAGGAGCAGAAGCGGCAUACAGCAAUCCUACUUUGGACGUCACUUCCCUCACCAAAGCCUGCUUGGCACCCUGAGAUAAAGUAUGGUUCCUAGGUGUGGGAGCUGGAUAUACUGUCCGUGAAGUAGGUGUCCAGGUUCUCAUAAUGUCUUUGGAAGCCAGGAGAGUCCCAUUAGUGCCACUGUCCACUGUGGCUUCUAUCCUAAUGGCCUCCUCCUGGCUCGUUUGUCAGAAGUGCUAAGCCCAAGACAUGCAUCUCAUGGGAACUGGGUGUGACAGUCUAAGUAUUCCAAUAUAACAUCUCAGUUGUAAUGAAUUUCUGAAUCAGAAGAACAUAGAGGCUCAUAUGUGGUUGGUUAUGUAGCAUUUUGCAUUGUAAUAUAGGCAUAAACACUUAAAUUGUGGGGCCUGUUAAUACAUUCUAGAUGGUACCUCCUUGUAUCCUUUUGAAACAGUGAUUUUUAUCUGAAUUUGAUUAAAAUCCAUUUUGCUCACAGCUGCCUGUCUUGCAGACUUAUGGUUGGCAGGCUGAAUUUAUUUAGUCUUUGUUGAAAAACAUUUCAAGACAGUUUGUCUCUCUAUUCUCAUUACUUAAAAAAUGUACAUGCAUCCCGUUAAGCCUUCGAGCCAUAAUAAUUACAGUAAUUUUUACUUACAUUCUUUUUCUCAGAUGACUUCAGGCUUUGUAUGAUGAAUAGUUUAUAGUGAUUUUUAGUAAUGUGUCUUUGAUGGCCAAGCAGUCUUUUUAUAUAGACCAGUUUCUAAGGACCUCAUUUUGUGAAUGCAGUCCCAGUCUUCAGUAUGUAACUAAGACAGCUCUGCUCAUCCCAUAAAUUAUCUGUUUGAUAUGUAUCAUAUCAGCUAGCUAUUACCAAAUAGCAGUGCUCAAAAUUUCAGUGGCAUAUCCAAACAAAAACAAGCAAGAAAGCUUUUAUUUCUCACUGCUGGCUUGCAACAACUCUGCUGUAGACUACAGGUCAUCCACAGUUCAACGAGGGCUGGUCUGCCCAACAGUGUCUCAUUUUAAAGUCUUUGCUCUAAAAAAGGCUUGAUGAUACCGGAAGCACAAAAGGGCUAUCAUGCAAGCCUCUGCUGUUAACGUAUAAUUGGCCAUCCCAAGUCACAUCACCAAGCCCAAGUCCAGGAGUGAGAGAGUACAUUCCACCCCACCAAAGGGCCGUGGCAAGAUUAUAUCUGCACUACUGCUGCAGGGAGAGAAGACUUGGUGUCCUCUUCCAUCUCUGACUACUUCCUUGGAUGAACUGACCACUUGCUACCUCUGAAGCAGUCUCUUCCUUGGGAGCUGCUGUCAUUGUUAGAUCUUUCUUUCCCAGAGUCUUCCUUACUGUGAUCUCUGUCUGCAGAAUCCAUCCAUCCAUGGCACCCUCUAUAGCAGAACAAAAGAAGCCUAGUGUGCAAUCUGUAUUACAUCACAACCCUUCAGAGAGGAAAAUUAUUCGCUCUCCUACUCAUGAUUUUCUUGACCCCAACACCCCUCCGUCCCACCACUUCUUAUACAACACAGCUUCUAAACCAUCACCAUCUGACCUUUUGUCAAGCUCUACCCCUGUAAAUUGUUAAAGCCUCCUUUAUAAGGAAUGGAGCUGAAUAAUCUAGUUAAUGUGAUGGAGAUUCUACUGUAAAUCACUCCUCCUACCUGUUCUUCUAAUAUGUGGUUAACAUCUUUAGUUCCUGAAGAUAUAGGUUUCGAUGAGGGGAGCAAUUCCAGCCACCAUUUAUAUAGUACUUUACCCUUGUAUUGUUCCUUUGAUCAUUACAGUGAUCUUCUUUGGAGGACUUAUAAUCCAUCUUCAUUUCCUAGUUGAGAAUUGAUAUUCAGAAAGAAUUAAUUCGUUGAGAAACUAGACUUUAGACCAGGCCUCCAAAAUAUAUGUUUGUUUCACAACACAAAAGCCACCGCCUAGUCAUUUUUGACAUUGUCAUCUUUUUAAUUGGCUUUUUUUUUAAUUGACUUUUUCCCAUAGGAAUGGCUUUGCUAGAAAUGAGUCUUUGUAAGCAUUGCUAAAUUGAUUCUGUAAUUG